AUGGGUACUUCAAUAUCAAAAUUUUUAUUAUCACUUAAAAGACAAAAUGAUUGUUGUUAUAGUAGGAGAGAUAUGUAUUUUCUAAAAAUAUUAAAUGAAAUUGAAAAAAAAGGUGAUAUAUUGUUGACGGAUGAAAUAAUUACCCAUAUAGAAUUUGUUCCUUCAAAUUGGAUGGAUGAUGAGAUAUUCUUUUUUGGUAAAGAAGCAUAUAAAGAAUAUUUAGAAGAUUAUCAAUUAACAGAUGAUACAGCUUUCUCUGAUAAUAUACUUAUCAAUAAAAAUACAUCUAAUUAUGUAAGAUUACUUUUUCCUGAUGGUAAUCAGAUUGUUAAAAAGUCUCUUCUUAUAAAAUGUUCUGAUUUUUGUAGUAGUAAAUAUAAUUUUUCUGGAGAUAAUUUUAAUGAAAUUAUAAUUACAACAAUAUCAGUUGAAACAUUUAGACUAUUUUUAAAAUUUAUUUAUGGUUUUGGUUUAACUUUAACAUUAGAUAAUUGUAUAGAUUUAUAUAAAUUAUGUGACUACUUACAAGUAGAAACAAUUUUAUCUCUUCGUAUAUUUGGAUAUGUUAAAAGAAAUUUUGUUCAAUUAUCAAAAACAAAAAAAUUUUACCAAAAUUUUGGUAUUAUUAAUACUGAUAAAUAUAUAAAUGAUAGACUUUUAGGAUGUUACUUUAAAAAUUUAAAUGAUUUUAAUGAUGUUCAAAGACUUGUUUAUUUAUAUUAUUAUACUAAUUACCCAAAUAAAAUUACUUUUGAAAAAGAAGUUCUUGAAAAAAGGUAUGAAAAAAGUUUUAGAUGUACACCAUUAAAACAUGAAAUUUAUUCUUUUAUAUUGGAACCAUAUAAAAAAUUAACAAAAGAUGAUCAUUUAUAUAAAUUUAAUAGUGUUCUUUUUACUGCUGGAGCUGUUUCAUGGGAAGAUGAACAUUGGACAAUUGUUAGGGAAAAAGAAUUAUAUUAUGUUGCAUGCCAUUAUUAUUUACUUGAUGGUACCCUUCAAAUGAAUAAAAUUCCAAUAAAAAUUCGUAAAAAUAGUAAACUUAAAGUUAUUGGUUAUGAAGAUAGUAUUAUUGUUUUGACAAAUAGUUUUGAUAUAUUAGGUAAUGUUGAUAAUACAAUAUAUUGUAGAAUUUUUCAUUCAACACCAAGAAAAUAUAAACCAAGUAUGGAAAGUUCUAAACUUUUUUAUCGUUUUCAAGAAAAUUUUAAUAAUUAUACUGAUGUAAAGUUAAAUUAUAGUAUAGGUGAUUUUAAUGAUUUUGCUAUUUUUGCAUACAAAGAUUAUGUAUAUUUUUUAAAAGAAUUUAUGGAUUAUACUGUUAAUUACCCAUUUUUUCGUUUUCACUUAAAAACAGGAAAUAAACAAGAUUUAACACCUCCAACUAACAUUCGUUCCUCCAUCUCUCAAUGUAUACAUGAAGAGAAGAUAUAUUUUUUAGUAACUGAACCUGAACUUUUUAAUUCACCUUGGGAAGAUGAUGAAAAUAGAGUUGACCAGACAACUUCAAAAAUUGGAUAUUGUUUUGAUUUUAAAGCUAUGGAAUGGUAUAAAUAUGUCCAACCAAAAUUUGCCUUAAAACAACGCAAUGGUUUUCUGAAAUCACAAAAUGGUUUCUUAGAAUGUUACAUUAUUCACAAAAAUUAUUAUAAAAAUUGUAUUUCUGUUAUCCAAUUACAUUCUAAUUCUGAUUAUCCAAGUCAAUGGACACGUGUUUCUACAACUCAUAAGUCAGAAAAUUUAGACAUUAAACAUAAAAAAGAACAUUUCUUGAUGUGGAAAGAAUCAUGGGAUACUAAAUAA